UUUAUCUCCACAGCCACUCUGGCAUCUCUGCCCUCACUUGGUACCCAGGAACAUCCGGAAGCAGCACAGCUCAGUACUCUGACUCUGCGCGGAGGGGCGGAUGAAAUAACGCACUCUCUCUUCUUCUAUGUUUUUUUUUCUCCGUCCAAACCGUGGAAAUAAACAGAAGUGCUUUGAGAUACUUCAAAGUCUUUAAACGAACGGACAAGUUAUUAUCAAAGCCUUUUUUCCCACGCAGAAAGUCUUUCUCUGCGGUUUAUUUGUUUCACCUGUCGAGGAUGGAACACUAAAGGCCUUUCCCAUGUUGGAGGCUAGCUGCUCACUCUGAAGGUGCAGGAUGAAAAGAUGGCACAGCUGCUUGUACCACCAGGUAUAGACAGCUUCCGUCGCUUUAGCCGUGAGUCCCUCAAAGUCAUCGAGAAGCGGAUCGCAGAGGAGAAGGCCAACAAGCCCAAGGGGGAGAAGAAAAAACGCAAUGAUGACAACGAGCUCAAGCCCAGCCGUGACCUGGAGGCGGGCAAAUCCCUCCCAAUGCUGUACGGGGACGUUCCUAAAGGCAUGGUGUCGACACCGCUGGAGGACCUGGACCCCUACUACUGUAAUCAAAAAACUUUCACAGUGUUAAACAAAGGGAACAUCAUCUUCCGCUUCAACGCCGAACCUGCCUUGUACCUCCUGAGCCCCUUCAACCUCAUAAGAAGAAUAUCAAUGAAGAUUUUGGUACACUCAUUAUUCAGUAUGGUGAUUAUGUGCACUAUUCUUGCCAACUGUGCAUUCAUGACUAUGAGUGAACCGCAGAAGUGGACAAAAAAUGUCGAGUACACCUUUACUGCAGUGUAUACCAUUGAAUCCCUCGUUAAAAUUUUAGCCCGAGGGUUUUGCAUAGGGAAAUUCACGUUUCUAAGAGAUCCCUGGAACUGGUUGGAUUUCAGUGUCAUUGUCAUGGCGUAUGCAACAGAGUUUUUGAACAUGGGCAAUUUCUCAGCUCUCCGGACAUUCAGAGUGCUGAGAGCGUUUAAAGCUAUCUCAGUUAUCCCAGGCCUGAAGACCAUCGUUGCGGCGUUGUUCCAGGCAGUGAAGAAACUUGCCGAUGUGAUGAUCCUCACUGUCUUUUGUCUGAGCGUCUUCGCCCUCAUAGGGUUACAACUGUUUAUGGGCCAUUUAAAGCAAAAGUGUAUAAAGACAAUUGAUAAUUCCACAACAAAUGGGACUGAAGCCAAUGGAAACUUCAGCUGGGAGGAUUAUGCAUCUGAUACGAAGAAUCAUUAUGUCCUUCCAGGCAAACGAGAUGCAUUGCUUUGUGGGAAUGGCAGUGAAUCUGGGCAGUGUCCAGAAGGCUACAGUUGCAUCAAACAUGGAAAAAACCCGGACUAUAAUUACACCAGUUUUGACUCGUUUGGUUGGGCCUUCCUCUCUCUGUUCAGGCUGAUGACACAGGAUUACUGGGAAAACCUCUACCAGCAGACGCUGCGGGCAGCUGGGAAGCCCUACAUGGUUUUUUUCGUGCUGGUGAUAUUCCUCGGUUCUUUCUACCUGGUCAACCUGAUCUUGGCUGUAGUUGCUAUGGCCUAUGAGGAGCAGAGCCAGGCCACCAUAAAGGAGGCAAAGGAGAAGGAGGAGGAGUUUCAGGCUAUGCUUGAGCAGCUGAAACGGCAGCAAGAGGAAGCCCAGGCGGCAGUAUCUGCAGCUGCUGCAGAGGGUGGAGGGGUCGGCGACAACGUUGGAGGGACUGAGAGCUCUUCUGGCACUUCCAAGCUCAGCUCCAAAAGUGCCAAAGAGAGACGCAACAGGCGGAAGAAAAGGAAGGAGGAGCAGGGCAAAGGAGCUGACGAGAAGUUUGCUCAAUCGGAGUCCCAAGACAGUGUGAAGAAAGGUCGCUGCCGCUUCUCAGUGGAUGCAAACCUGCUCAACUAUGACAUGAAAUGCUCAACAGCACAUCAGUCCUUUCUGAGUUUUCGUGGCCCCCUGUUCUCACCCAGACGGAACAGCAGAACCAGCAUUUUCAGUUUCCAGAGCCAAGCACAGGACAUGGGGUCAGAAAAUGAGUUUGCUGAUGAUGAGAACAGCAUUUUUGAUGACAACCUGAGUCGGAGGGGCUCACUGUUUUUCCCCACCAGUCGUGAUCGAAACAGCAGCAGUGUGAGCCAGGGCAGCUUCUUGCCCAAUUUCUUACUUCAAACCAAUGGGAUCAAACAUAGCUCUGUAGACUGCAAUGGAGUUGUGUCUCUGAUGGGAUGGAAUUCACUCCCAUCUUCACCUGUUGGGCUCCUUUUGCCAAAAGUGACGGUAGAUACGGCCUCUACUGGAGACAAUGCUGACACCACUGACACAGGUGGAGGAACAAACCCAGAGUGUAUGGACUUCCUCGAGGGCCCAGAGGCCCGACAGAGAUUGCAGAGUGUUACUAGUGUAAUAACGAGCACAAUGGGGGAGCUUGAAGAGUCAAGGAAGAAGUGUCCUCCUUGCUGGUACGAUUUUGCCAACACCUUCCUUGUCUGGGAAUGUUGUCCAGCCUGGCUGAAGAUCAAGAAGUUGAUUAAUCUGAUAGUGAUGGAUCCAUUUACGGACUUAACCAUCACUAUCUGCAUUGCGCUCAACACAUUGUUCAUGGCUAUGGAGCAUUACCCAAUGAGCGAAGGAUUCGCUAACAUGCUAUGUGUAGGGAAUUAUGUAUUCACUGGGAUUUUUACUGCAGAAAUGGUCCUUAAGAUCAUUGCUAUGGACCCGUAUUAUUACUUCCAGGAGGGAUGGAAUAUUUUUGAUGCAAUCAUUGUCAGUUUAAGCUUGGUGGAGUUUUUUUUGGAACAAAAGGGUAACAUGUCUGUCCUGAGAUCAUUCAGAUUGCUUAGAGUAUUCAAGCUGGCUAAAUCAUGGCCCACUCUAAACACCCUUAUCAAAAUCAUUGGUAAUUCAGUGGGGGCUUUGGGCAACCUGACGCUCGUGCUGGCCAUUAUCGUGUUCAUCUUUGCUGUGGUGGGCAUGCAACUGUUCGGAAAGAACUACAAGGACUGUGUGUGUAAAAUCUCUCAAGAUUGCACUCUGCCCCGUUGGCACAUGAGUGACUUCUUCCAUUCAUUCCUCAUUGUGUUCCGAGUGCUUUGUGGAGAGUGGAUAGAGACCAUGUGGGACUGUAUGGAGGUGGCUGGGACGCCCAUGUGCCUCACUGUGUACAUGAUGGUCAUGGUUAUUGGAAACCUUGUGGUGCUGAACCUGUUCCUGGCCCUGUUGCUGAGUUCAUUCAGUGCUGACAACCUGGCAUCGAUUGAAGACGACAACGAGAUGAACAAUUUGCAGAUUGCCAUUGGACGGAUCCAAAAUGGCAUCGCCUAUGUUAAGUCAGCACUUCGAAGUCACUAUAGCCGUUUCUGUCUCAGAGAUAGGAAAAAAGGGAAGGCUGAGGACAAAUCCCUGGAGGAACUGCAUAAACCUUUAGGACCUAAUUGUGUCCCAAACCACACAAUCAAAGACUUUCCCAGAAAUGGAAAUGGGGAUGUUACUGGGGUGGGAAAAAAUGGAGACAAAUACAUCGUAAGCAGCAAGAGUGAUGAUUCAAUAAUGUCAUUCAUCAACAAUCCCAGUCUUACUGUGACUGUUCCCAUUGCUGUGGGCGAGUCAGACUUUGAAAACCUAAACACAGAGGACUUCAGCAGCCUCUCGUCUGAUGCAGUCGGAUGUCGUGUGCUCAUACAAGACGAUGGUCAGUUUAGCUCCUCUGAGGGCAGCACGGUGGACGGUAUGGCAGGAGAGGGAGGAGAGUCAGACGACUUUGAUCUGGAAGAAGCUAUGGAGCCAGAUUCUUGCUUCCCUGAAGGAUGUGUGCAAAAGUACAAAUGCUGUCAAGUUAACGUGGAAGUGGGCCGCUGGAAGAUGUGGUGGACCCUAAGAAAGACCUGUUUCCGGAUAGUGGAGCACAACUGGUUUGAGAGCUUCAUUAUCUUCAUGAUCUUGCUCAGCAGUGGAGCACUGGCCUUGGAAGACGUCAACAUUGAAAAGAGGAAGACUAUUAAAACGGUGCUGGAGUUUGCCGACAAAAUCUUCACCUACAUCUUCAUCCUGGAGAUGUUACUGAAGUGGGUGGCGUAUGGAUUCGCCAAGUAUUUCACAAAUGCCUGGUGCUGGCUGGACUUCCUCAUUGUUGAUGUCUCACUGGUUAGUUUGGUAGCAAACUCCAUGAACUAUUCUGACCUCGGUGCCAUCAAGUCUCUAAGAACACUGCGAGCUCUGAGGCCCCUGAGAGCCUUGUCACGUUUCGAAGGCAUGAGGGUGGUUGUCAAUGCCCUACUGGGAGCCAUUCCUUCCAUUUUCAACGUGCUGCUGGUUUGUCUCAUCUUCUGGCUCAUCUUCAGCAUCAUGGGAGUCAACUUAUUUGCGGGGAAGUUCUACCGUUGUGUCAACAAAACUACAGAUGAGAUUUUACCUACAUCAAUUGUGAAAAACCAGUUAAAUUGUACAAACCUAAAUGGUAGCCGCUGGAAAAACGUCAAAAUCAACUUUGACAAUGUUGGCUUUGGUUACCUUGCACUGCUUCAAGUGGCUACAUUCAAAGGCUGGAUGGAAAUCAUGUACGCUGCUGUGGACUCUCAAAGCAUGGCAGGAGAACAGCCUGAGUAUGAGAUCAACCUAAAAAUGUACAUGUAUUUUGUUGUUUUCAUCAUAUUUGGAGCGUUCUUCACACUCAAUCUCUUUAUUGGUGUCAUCAUAGACAAUUUCAAUCAACAGAAAAAAAAGAUAAGAGGUCAAGACAUCUUCAUGACUGAAGAACAGAAAAAAUACUACAAUGCCAUGAAAAAGUUGGGGUCAAAGAAACCACAAAAACCUAUUCCUAGACCAUCAAACAACAUUCAAGGAUACAUCUUUGACCUGACUACAAAACAAGCAUUUGAUAUUUUAAUCAUGGUACUAAUAGUGCUCAAUAUGGUGACCAUGAUGGUGGAAACUGAUGAACAGUCAGAAACCAAGAUCAACGUUCUCUGGUGGAUCAAUUUAUUAUUUAUCGUCAUCUUCUCUGGAGAGUGUUUGUUGAAGAUGAUCUCACUCCGCCAUUACUUUUUCACAAAUGGUUGGAAUGUAUUUGACUUCAUUGUGGUCAUCCUGUCAAUCAUGGGUAUGUUUCUCUCGGAAGUGAUAGAGAAGUAUUUCGUUUCACCAACCUUGUUCAGAGUCAUCCGAUUGGCUCGGAUUGGCCGCGUCCUCCGUCUGAUCAAAAGUGCCAAAGGAAUCCGCACGCUAUUGUUUGCAUUGAUGAUGUCACUUCCUGCCUUGUUCAAUAUUGGGCUCUUGCUUUUCCUUGUGAUGUUUAUUUACGCCAUUUUUGGCAUGUCAAACUUUGCGUACGUCAAGAGGGAAAAAGGAAUCGACGAUCUUUUCAACUUCGAGACAUUUGGCAACAGUAUGAUCUGUUUGUUCCAGAUCACAACGUCGGCAGGAUGGAGUGAUUUACUAGAUCCAAUUCUUAACAAAAACGAAGAUUGUGACAUGACAUUGGAGCAUCCUGGCAGUCCUGGCACAGGAAACUGUGGAAACCCGACUGUGGGAAUUGCCUUCUUUGUGAGUUACAUCAUAAUCUGUUUCCUGAUUGUGAUUAACAUGUACAUUGCAGUCAUCCUGGAAAACUUUGGUGUGGCCACUGAGGAGAGUGCGGACCCUCUAAGUGAGGAUGAUUUUGAGAUGUUUUAUGAGGUCUGGGAAAAUUUUGAUCCUCACGCAACACAGUUCAUUGAGUUCAAGAAGUUGGCAGAGUUUGCAGAUGAACUGGAACCACCAUUGCGCAUAGCCAAGCCUAACAAGCUUGAAUUGAUCUCUAUGGAUCUACCAAUGGUGAGUGGUGAACGAAUUCACUGCCUGGACAUCCUGUUUGCAUUCACAAAACGUGUCCUGGGCGAGGGUGGGGAGAUGGACAUUUUAAGGGCUCAGAUGGAAGAACGCUUCAUGGCCUCCAAUCCUUCCAAACUGUCCUACGAGCCCAUCACUACCACCCUCCGGCGCAAGCAGGAGGACACGUCAGCCAUCGUCAUCCAGAAAGCAUACAGACGGUAUGCAAUCAGACAUUUUGCCACUAAGUCCCCUGAUGCAUCCAGUGAUAGCAUUCAAAAGGAUGAAAGAUUCAUUGACAAUGAGGAUGUUGUCCCAGACAAACUGAAAACAAACGCUAGCACUGAACUAACACCUCCAACAGCCCCUCAACAAGCAUGUAACAGUGUGACAAUGAAUGGAAACAAUAAGUAUGAAAUAGACAAAAGUGAAAAAGAGGUUGCUGGCAAAGAUGUCAAGGAGCAAGAUAUAUGAAUUAAUGCUGGAGAUGCAUCAAGGACAUUUUUAUUAUUGACUAAAUGUUUACAACCUAUGCCAGAGACAAAGACAUCCAUUGGAUUCCCUUCCUUAGUACGGCUAUCCUUGCCAAACUAACCCUGCUUCUUUGAGUCUAAAGGUUCAUUCCUAAACCUGAGGCUCAUUCAGGCUGAUGUAGGACAAUUUGGGCUUUGUUCAGGAGCAAGGAUGCCUUAUAGGCUGUUGGGAUUGGUAAGUGUUCUUAAGGACGCAUUAGUUAAUGCUAUAACUUCUAUUGACCAUAUUCAUGGUGGCCAUUUUCUUCUGAUUUCAAGUGGGAAGCUGAAAAGCUGUUAUAAUGUCUAUGUAUGUUUCAGGUUGAAAAAAGUGUAAAUGCAGGGUGUCUAUUUAACAACAUUUGAGCUAAACAUCAUGAGCGUGGUAUCAAGGUAAAAUGGCUGCCAUGUUAAUAUGGUGAAGUGCAGCU